AUGGCAGACGAAGCUUCAUCCAGCACAGCAGGUGCUGUAGGUACCCGCGCCGUACCUGCCUUAGUACCGGGUACGGCGCUGCGCACGGGUGGAUAUGCCGCAUCCGCGUACGGACUACCUGCGAGGGCACCGCGCAGUACUCGUCGUACAGACGUGCUGUACAAGUCGUACCAGCAGGCGCAGGUCUUCAUCUGCCAGGUCCAAGUGUCUGCUGGUACCACAAGCGUGGAAUACAACCGCUGGGAGCUCGGUUGGUGCUCGCACCCAGACCUUGUCACUCUCAUCACAAAGGCGCCCGAGCAACAGUGGCGCCGGCGAAGUGAGCCCUGGGAUUCGCGGAGAGCUAACCGGAACGCAGCUGCUGCUGUGGAUUCGAGCUCGUCUCUCUGCUCAAUCUUCUGUCUCUUCGUUGUGACUGCUGCUGCUGCUGCUGAGUACACAGAGCAACACGGCAAGGAGAUGCCUCGUGCGGUGCCACGAAGCACUCGACCACCUCAAUAG